AUGAAAAUCGCCAUCAUUGGAGCAGGCAUCUCCGGAUGCACCGCCUACCUCCAGCUCAAGAAACACCUCCCCGGAUCCCACACAAUCACCAUCUACGAAUCUCACGAUACCAGCAGGGAUCGCAAGUUUGACGCAUCCAAGGGUAGCCAAGAAGAGGAUGCCACACAUUCAUCCACCCUCAUCGUCGGUGGGGGCCUAGGUAUCGGACCCAAUGGUUUGCGUGUUCUCAAGCGUCUGGACGAGGACCUCCUCCACGACAUUGUCCGAGGAGGAUACGUAGUCCCGCACGGAAAUCUGAAAAGCAAGCACGGCCGUCUUCUCGUCCGUAUGGACAGUUCUGCUCCUGGUGCGGGAGAUGAGCCGCCGAUGUACAUGGUCGGUUGUAGUCGCGAAUGGCUAUGGCGGUGUCUGCGCGCGAGGAUCCCCGACGGGGAUAUAGUGACGAAGCGUGUGUCGCGGGUCAUUGCCAGUCCUGAUGAUCGCAAUACCAUCUACUUUAAAGAUGGCAGUCCAGCGGUUGAAGCGGAUCUGGUGAUCGGUGCUGAUGGAAUCAAGAGUGUGGCGAAGGGAGCCCUUUUCCCUGAGGCGGAGGAGGAUCCGUUUCCCCCUCAUUACGAAGGUGUUUGCGGUAUUGGCGGCUUCCUGCCGUCCAGUGAAGUGAAAGACCUGGUUGAAAAGGGAUCAAUGAACUUCAUCUUCGGUGGCAAUGGCUUCUUUGGCUACUUCUUCAGCACCAGUUCUUCGACCGCUCCGCACCGGGACUCACCGCACCAUGUCUCUGAGCCGGGUGAUCUUCUUGCCUGGUGGUCGACCUAUUCUGUGGACGAGUGCCCUGACCCCAGAACGCUGGAUAUGGAUGAUGUCCUUCAGCAGUUGCACAAGCGACACGAACGCUGGGGAGAUCCCGUCGUGCAAAAGGUUCUCAAGUCUGCGCACGUGAAGAGCAUGUAUCCCACUUGGACAUCGCCGCAGCUGCCGACGUGGGAGCGGGAUGGGGUGGUUUUUGUCGGGGAUGCGGCGCAUGCGCUCCCGUCGACUUCGGGGCAGGGAUCGUCACAGGCGCUGGAGGAUGUAGAGUCAUUCACAAAAUUUUUGAGCUACUUCUUCGGCAAGGUGGAGGGCAAUGGUGUCAAGGAGUGCAAGGAGGCAGUCAAAAUGGCAGCGAAGCAGUACAUGGAUCUACGCCGGCCGCGGAUCCAGGCCAUUUUGGACGAUGCGAGGAAGAAGCAAAACCAAAAGCGAGAUAUGGGAGUGGUCCAGGAAUAUCUGAUGUAUUCGAUUAUGUGGAUUAUCGGCUUCUUUCCGAGCGUGAUGAACAAGUCCGCGCAGCAGGUCUUCUCGUAUAAUGUUGCAGAGCAUGUGGACCAAGUGCUCGCAGAGAUGGAUGCAUCUAGGCAUUGA